AUGAAAUUCAGAGGUCUUCUUGGAAAAUUUUGGAUAACGUUUCAAGGGAGAGAGCUUAUUGGUUUUGAUUGGAUGGACGUUAAAUAUAAACUUUUUACAGAUGGACAAAAGAAAAUUCAAGAGGAAUUUCAGAUCGACAUGGAUGCACCAGAGACAGAACGUGCAGCUGUGACAAUACAAUCUCAAUUCAGAAAAUUCCAGAAGAAAAAAGCAGGGUCCCAGUCUUAGUGUUAAGAGUUUCCUCACAGUUAAUGAUAAUGAAUAGAAUUCUACAGUCAUCAGAUUAAAAA